AGAAUGACAUACCCAGGCCUUCAUGAUAAAACGAAGUUCCUGGAGAAAUAAGCCAUUAGCACAUCUUUUAUUAAAUAGUGACCAUAGGCCUACAUCAAAUACAUGUUUUCAAUAUACUAUAGGCUCACAGACUGGUAAGAAUCCUCUAAAUACACUGAGUUACUUAACUAAGACUAGGUCUAGAGUGAACUGAGAAUUUGACUAUGAUAGUCUAUGACAUGACUAUACUAUGUGACUAUGUGAUCUAAUCUAAUCUAAGUCUUAAUAAUUAUUAAUAAUUAAUGAAUGCUUACUUAGAGUUAGACUUCUGAUAUUUAUGUUUUUGAGGACUUCAGGUCUUUCUUAGUACUUUUUUAGUAUUGUACUUAGUUUAGCUUUAUUUCUAAACUUGGCCUAGGCCUGCCUAGGCUACUAAUACUAACUAGGCCCUACUUAAAAAUAAAAAUAAAAUAUUAAGUUAUUAAUUAUUAACCUAACUAAACUAACGCCUCAAAAUUAAAAGUUUGUAAAUUAACCAUAUAUGUGUCAAGACGUACCCCAUGACCACCACCUUGAUUGCCAAACCCCUUGCCUUGACGGGUCAUGGCAACCAAGGUAGUGGCUGUGUAAAAAAAGCAAACAUCUGCUAAAAUGGGGAGAGGAAAGGGAGAAAUGUGCUGCAGCGGUGUAGCUAGAGUGUUUGGAGCCCAGGGACAAGAUUCAUUUUAAAGCGCUUCCCUUUCUUUUUUCAAGUCUCAAACCCAUUAUUUUCAGCAAUAAAAUAAUAUCAAAGCACAUUUUGGCGCCCCUAAAUAUUCUGGCGCCCAUGGACAUAUGUCCCCCUGGGACAUAUGUUCCCCUCUGCCCCCACUUAUUUACACCUCUGAGGUGCUGAUUUAGCUAUUUACAUAGAGUAGGAGAGAGGAAUGAAAAUGAGACCAAAAUGUUAAAAUUUAAUUUAAAAAUUUCACCCUGUGUAGGCCUACUUAAGUUUCGUGGUGAACAUAGGUACUUUAUUGUAUCCAUCUAGAUAUUUAGCAAGAAGUUUCAACUAGCAAGCAAUGAAAUUUUAAUUUAAAACAUUCCAUGGUUGUAUUAAGGAAAAGUUAACUUUAGUACUAACACACAGAUAAAUAAAAGGGAGAGAAUUUGACACAGACUCCUGUCAUGCCCAGAUUGGGGCAAUCAACCUAUCCUAAGCUAGAAACUUCGGUAUCACCCUGGAACACCCCUAAAUCGGGUAUCAUAUUUUUAUUGUCAAAAUUGGUGCCUCCACUUUUUCAUAUACCGAGGCGUCACAGAGGGGAUCAGUAUUGACCUUUUAUGGUCAAUCAUUAUAAAUCCUACAUCCACCCAUUAAGUAAAGCAGACAUCUCGAUUGUUCGCUUGAGAAUAAGAAUUUAUUUCAAUUGUUGUUUUUUUUAAGCUUAAGCUUUAAAAACUGAAGAUAAAAAUAGCUACACAAAAGUCUUUAUUAAUAACUUUAAAAAAGAACUUUUCUUAAAUUUAUUACGCCAUCUGUAACAUAUCCAAAAUCAUGAGUGUAAUCAUUAGGUGAAGGGGUCAACAACAAAAAUAGAAAAUGUUACUAUUUCAGGCUAUAUAAUUUGUCAUCAUUGCAACUAUGCUUGUCGACAUAUUUCCUUUUACUGAUAUCGGCCAUGGGGGUAGUUAAUAAUAAGUCAUUUAGUUCAUUUUCCUGAAUAUAAAUGGGAAUUAAACUAUUAAUAUAUAUUAUUUAAAAUAAAUGCUAAUUGUUUUAUAAUAUAAGUAAUUAUUAUUGGCUUUUCAAAUAACAGUGGAUUUUAUUUUAAGGUUGGUUGCCAUGUACAUAAGAGGGUUAACAUUUUUACUUAGAUCUAAGAUAGGCCUAUUAAAAGUAUUAUAAUUAUACUAUAAAGUAAAAUUAUAAAAUAGUAAUGUAAUUGACCUAUAUAAUAAUAUAAAGGUAAUGGGUGCUGGGUGGCCGAGUUGUUUAAAAUGAGUCAAAAUUCACUGGAAUUCAAAACCCCAAGCUUGUGGAAUAGAGUUCAGUGCCUAGCCAGUCAAACAAAAAACGCCAGUAGAUAGUAGAUAACAACUUGGAUCCCAACUCAUUUAAAAGAUGGCAAAUUCUGAAAUUAAACCCAGAGAUGAAAUCCCGCAGGUGCCAUGACAUGUACAUUAUGAAAAUUCUGACAACUCCUGCGAUGUGAAAUGCAUAAAGCGUCUAUUUUCAAUCAUCUUAACUAAGUCUUACCAUUGGAGCAAAUAAGCAUUGAUGAAUUGAGCAACUCUCCCUCAAUUUAAACAAAUUACAGCCCAAGUCAAGGUUUAAAUUUAAACUUGUCUUACUCAUCUUUGAAUGUGAAGGACAAACUAUAAUCUAUAGCUAAUAUUAAUUGGUUUUUAAAAAAAACACUAACCAGUAACUAUCAAAAUAGUUAAGUAAAUAUAAAAUCAAACUCACCACAAUUGAAUAUUUCACAAAAUAUUAAGCAAUUAGACUUCUGAUACUAAUUACUAAUGUGUGUUACACAUUCAUAAGUUGCAGCAUCACAUUUAAUAAAUUAGGAUUAUUUUGUUCAAUCCUUAAAUGCAGUUUUUUUGUACAGUAUUUAUAAAGAAAAAAUAUUAUCUAUGUUUAAAAUAAUUAUUUUGAUAAGGAAAUACUAUUGUAAAGCAUGUUUUAUACUAUUUUCUAAUGCAGCUAGUGCUCGACUUACGACCAAGAUCGGAACACGAUUUGGUCGUAAGUUGAGUACGCUAUCUGUACAGUAAUGUGAAAUGAUGUUAUAAAAAUAUUUAAGUUAAAUUAUAUCAUAAAUUUCUUUUACUGAUGUUACAAAUCAUAAUUUUCGAUGUUCACGGCCGCUGUGAUUGCCGACAACGCGUUCGACUGAUAAUUGAGGCAAAAAUGAAUCUGAAAUAUAAUACAGUAUCAUAUGGCUAGUGAAUGUGAUCGUAAAGUCGAAUGGUCAUAAGUUGCGUAGGUUAUAAGUCAAACACUAGCUAUAUAUGAUAUCAUCAACAAAUCUAGUAAAUAUGACCAUUUUUAUGGUGAGAAAUAUGCAAGAAAUAUGUGUGAAAUUUAUGAGCUGAAAAAUGGGUGACAAAAUGGUAAAAAAAUGCAUUGAGGUCAGCACUAAACAAUUUAUAACUAUUGAACCACUUGAGCUAAAAAGUUGAUCUGGAUAUUUUUGUAAAUGAUUCAAUUCAGUUGGCUCUAUUCAAUUGUAUUGCAUUUAUUAUUUUAGAAAAAUGUUGAAACUUUCAGAAAAGUACCUACCUAUUAGGUAUUAGUACCGGUAGUUUAAAUCAGUAGUUAUGAACCCGUUAUACAAGUAUUUUUGUAAAGUUUUGAUAAUCAUCAAAAGUAGAAUAUGAAAGUAAAUUUAAUGAAACUGGUUUUUAUGAAAAAUAAGAUGCUUUACUUUCUAUUCUUUUACUGUAGAUGUAAAUAAAGACAAGUUGUUAUUAAGUUUAUGAGAAUACGCACAAUGGCAUCAAAAGAUGAAAGCUACGAAGUGACUGGCAAGGUAUGCCCUCCAAAAUUACCAAUGGAUAAUGUUAACAUGGAUAACUGGCUGAUCAUACCUUCAUCUUUAAUGGAAUCCAUUUUCACUGAGAUUCCAAUAGAAGGAACUAAAAUAAGUCGUUCAACAUCACUGUGUGCACUUUCCUCCCAAGCCAAUGUAGUGUUAUCUACUAAUGGUCUUUCCCACUCAUCUGUCAGCUUACCCUACUAUUUUUGUAAUUUUUGUGAUCACCACACUGACAACAAAGCAGCUCUUCUGAGACACAUGUCUAGUAAACAUGUUUUCAAAUGUUUGUUCUGUGAUUUUAUUUCCUUUACUCGCUGUGGGCUCAUACAACACCAACUUUUCAAGCAUGUUGAUGCUGAAGAGAUGCAGCCAAUUCUGACAACUAAAACCAUUCAAUUGAAUACUUCUCAGCUCCAGAGACAUUUUCGGUAUCUUAUCCAAUUUAAAGACUCAUGUGACAGCCACUCGAGACCAGGGGCGGAAUCAGAUAAUCCAGUAAAUUCCUCUCAUUUGAACACCCUGUCAGAGGCAGAGAGUGGAGACAAUUAUUUUUUGUCAUUGGAGAGAAAAGGAAAUUAUACACUUUCUGUUCAGAAGGAGGUUUCUGAUUCUGUGACAGUUUCAGAAGCAAUUAACACCACAACCAACAGUGCUCAACAAGAAAUUUUAUCAUUCAGCAGUGUUCCAACAAGGCAAGGGGAUGAGGAUGACAAAAAGAAGUCUAUUGCUAAAGAUUCUCAUUUCGGUGGGAAUGGAGCUUCAGAUGGUUUCAAGGCUUCAGAUGAAUACAAAGCUGAAAUAUCAAAUAUAAAAAGUGCACGAGAUAUGCCACAUUUUCUGGAUGAAUCUGAUUCCUCUGUGACUUCUUCAAGUAAUCACCAGUCCACUUUGUCUCCUCAGGCUCACCAGAAAAGUAUGAUAAAGGGUUUGCAAUCUGUCUAUGAGGCAGAGUCACCCAUAAAAAAUCAAGUUCCCUCAUUCCUAACAGACUCACUAAGUGUACCUAAAAUUGUUGGAGAAGCAGGUUGGAAACCAGGUCGUAGUGAUUCCAGCCAUAACAUAGUAAAAAAAAUUCUCAAAUGGUGUGCUGAUGAAAACAGCUUGGAAAACUGUGGGAAGGAAAGUAAAUCCAUGUUCAACUCCGUUAGCACUGAUGAUAAUAAUAGGUCUCAUCCUGCAAUAAAUACAACCACUUCAGAAACAGGGUGUCUCAAAGCUGCAUUGAAAUCUUCAGAAAAUGUUUUAAAUAAUUGUCCUUUUGAGGAAAGAGAGGGAAGCUUAAGUCCAAAUUUAUCAUCACUCUCAGUGGAGAGGCUUCAAAAACAGCUGGAAGAAGCUGUAUCAAAUUCUCCAGGAUUUACAUUUUUGGAAUCUUUAAAGAGCAGCCACCCUUUGUGUAAUAACCUAUCAGUAGCAACUGACAGUAAUGUGAGCAGUGCCAGUGUCUCACCUCAUAUCCUCACAGGCAUCAAACAAGGUUUUAAGUGUUAUGUUGAUGAUACUGAAUGUGUUAAAAAGGAUGUUGAUAAUUUUUUGUUGACUUCAGAAGAUCAGCAAGAUUCAGACAGACAAGAACAAGAAGAAAGUCAGUUCAAAAGAAGAAGCAUAGUUGAUAAUCUUGAAAAUAAAGGUCAGUCUCCCGUCUCUAUUAAGCAAAAGAAAAUUGAAAAUUAUGACUUACUGCGUAAUCUCUUAGUACAGAAGCCAAAGGACACCAUGAAACAUUUUGUUCAUAAUCCCAAAGAGCUAAUAAGAAUACCUCUUAGCAGAAACACUUCUCCCAUGACUUCAAAUCAAACCAUGUCUGAUGUGACCUUGGCUAGGCAGAGAACCGCAAGUAGUUUAAUGAAUUUACGGACAAGGGCAUCAGACAUGUCCCUCAAGGAUUUACUUAUUGGAAAUCACCCUCAAGUCAACUCGCCAAAAGCAGCUAAAUUUAACAAAGACCUCAAUCCAUCACAGAAAAACAUGAACAUUUUUCUUGUAUGUGGCUAUUGCAAUUUUGAAUCUGCCAACAAGGUACAAUUUGAUGCUCAUGUGGCUAUUUGCAAACAGAUUAAUCAUGACAUGAAAGACUGUGAUAGUCUUCAGGAGUCUGCAGAUAUGUAUGACUGUGUUAAACAGGAACCACUUGAUAAUUCUUGUGUUGAAGCUUCUUCUUCAUUUUCUUCUGGUGAAUUUUCAGCAUCAGGAUUAUUAAAAAGUUUGACAGCUCACAGCACUAUUAAAAAAACUGCAAGUCCUUUGACUGCAGAGGCCAAUAAAAGUUGUGAUAUUAUUAAAGGUGUUGCCAGGAAACAUGAGAUAAAACAACCAAAUCAUAAAUUUAAUAGCAAAAUGUCAUCUGUUAACAUGUUUCACCAUGAAUUCCAUGACAAUGAGGAUUUAUCUUCUAAUAUUCAUGGUAUUGUACUCCCAAAAACUACUUCUCUGCACUUAUCACCAAACUUAAAAAACUUUGAUUCUGAAAGUAACAUUAAUAAAGGGACAGAUCCAGUCACG